AUGCCAUCUACGAAAGUGGAACUUAAACUAGCACCACCCAUUAAUGGAGAAUUCUAUGGUAGUGAGGAUCAAAUAAGUGGAGAAGUGAAUUUAAAGCUAGAAAAAUCAUUGCCUAUAAAGAAAAUUUCUGUGAAAUUACAUGGUUUUGCACAGACGAUUACUACUAUCGACAAUGAAUAUAUUAUGGGGCAAAAUGGGUUAUUAACUCCUGGGUUUGAAAAUCGUUCAUACCAUACCUUAAUUACUGCUGAAGAAAGGGUUUUCCCUCCCGAUAAUGUUUGGGAUGCCUUAAAUGGUUCUACUAAGCCCUUCAAAGUGAAUCCAGGACAAUAUCAUUAUACCUUCAAAUUUGAUAAACUGAAAAAUAAGAAGCCUAAAUGUCUCAAGACACAUAAGAAAGAAAUGGUCUACUUUAACAAGAGGAGAACGGCCAAGAUGCCACCUAGCUUUAAUAAUCUGUGGAAGGAAUUAAACAGAAUCGAUAAUUUAGAUCUUUAUUUCUAUUCCUUUGGUAAAGUCAUUUAUGUAGUGGAAGUAUUAGUGGAAUUAGGAAAAGCCAAGACAUGGUUGAAGCCGUUCGAUAAAUUGAUUAGAGAAAGUCAACCGAUCGAAUAUAUCCCAGAUAUAGAUGACGUCGCCUAUGAUGAACACGAUUUGGAAACUGACACAAUCAAUAAUAUAAGUAGGCAUAAUUCUAACUUAACAGGUAUGGAUCGCUCACUUUCUAAUAGAUCAGGAUCUAAUAAGUCAUUUGCAGCACAAAUUCAUGAAAGAAGUGUUAGCAACAGUAGCCUUUCUCAGUACAAUUCUUUUCAAAAACAAUUUACAUCAACUGCUAGCAGUGAAAAGCUAAAGGCUAUACGAAGUAGAACGAGCAUUAAAGGUUUAGAAAUAUACAAAUCUACUUUUCAAAUUGGGUUGCCUGAUAACGUGAGUACGCUAUGGUUGGAAGUGAGGACAAAAAGCCCCGGGAUAGACAAAGUGUUUAGGAUGGAUCCAUUAUUUAAGAAAGGCUGUAAUAAAUUUGAUAAUAUUUUUCUUAUCAUUCAAAAUAAAAGUAACAUGAGUAUUGUUAAAGACUUGAGUGUAAAACCAAUUGGAAUUACAUUGAACUUAUUUGAAACCACUACAUACCUGUCGCAAGGUAUUGCUAAUCAGAACGUUUCUUCAUUGAGAUUAGUGGAUUUGAAACUAGAUGGUUCUGAAUCUAUUUUCUCAAUGCAAAGUAAUCUGACCAAAAAGGGCGACGAUAUAUAUGAAUGUGAACUGAAUUUAAAAGACCAUGUACGGUUGAAAAAUUUCGUAUUUAAUGAAGAGGACUAUAGACAUCGUGGGAAUAGACUUUACAGUUUCAAAACCUGCUCGAUAAAGAGGAUUUUUGAGUUACAAUUACUUGUUGAUUGGGAUGUGAACGGAUAUGCCAAACAAACUGAAGUAAUUAUUGAUUCAAUGCAAGUUUUUGCACAAUUAAAUAAUAUACAUGAGGAUAACUAUCUACCAAGAUAUAUCGAACCACCAAAUUACAACGACUUAAAGUAG